UACAGUAUAUGUAAAUUUUUUUUUUUUUUGGGUAGAAUAUGUUACAUUCUGAUAUUUUCUUACAACUUGCUAAUCCGUGUAGGUCUCGCCACGCACCUCAAAGGCUCAAACAAAAAUCUCUUCGAACCCACCACCGUUGAAGGUUUGCAAAGUAUAUGGUACCUUUUUUUUUUCUUGGCAGGAAAAGCUAGGAAGACUCCGGAGAGGAGAGGCAGCACAAUUCACACUAGGCGUGACAUGGGUUCUUCUUCCGGUUCCGGCCAACAUGCUGUCCUGUUCCCCUUCAUGGCCAAAGGCCACACCAUCCCACUCCUCCACCUGGCUCGCCUCCUUGUCCAUCGCAGCUUGACCGUCACGAUCUUCACCACCCCAGCAAACCGGCCUUUCAUCCUCAAAUACCUUGCGGACCUGAUCAUGAAAAACACUACUACUAGUACUGUAGGAGUCUCCGUUAUGGAUCUCCCUUUCCCUGAAAGCAUCGACGGAGUACCCCCCGGCAUUGAAAGUACCGAUAAACUUCCCCACAUAUCUCUUUGGUUGCCUUUAGCAAGAGCCACGCCCCUCAUGCAACCCCAUUUCGAACAAGCCCUGACUUCCCUCCCGCCGGUUACUUUCAUGGUAACAGAUGGUUUCUUGGGUUGGACCGUCCACUCCGCCAACAAGUACGGCAUCCCCAGGCUGGUCUACUACGGCAUGAGCAACUUCGCCAGCACAUUAUCCAGGGUCGCGGGGGAGAGCGGACUUCUCUGGAAGACCCAGUCGGCUGAUGAGUUGUUUGCGGUUCCUAACUUCCCCUGGAUCAAGCUCGCCAGAAAUGAUUUUGACGAGUCUUUGAGUGACCAUGAACCCAAGGGCCCAUUUUUCGAGUUCAUCAUCGAUUGCACCGUUACCGCUUCAAUGAGCUUUGGCCAACUAGUUAACAGCUUUUACGAGCUGGAACCAGUUUAUAUAGAUUACUGGAACCGCCAUUAUGAACCGAAACUGUGGUCAGUAGGGCCUCUAUGUCUGGCCGAGCCACCCACACCUAGUCCAGAGCAUGAGAGUUCAUGGAUUGACGAGUGGCUGGACCGAAAGCUAGACCAAGGGCAGGCAGUUCUUUACGUUGCGUUUGGAUCCCAAGCGGAGAUAUCAGCGGAGCAAUUCCAAGAAAUCAAAAGCGGGCUGGAGAGAUCGCAGGUGAAUUUCUUGUGGGUCGUCAGGAAAAAUGAAUCGCAACUCAGCGAUGGAUUUGAAGAGAGAGUUAAAGACAGAGGUCUGAUAGUCAGAGAGUGGGUCGACCAGAGGAAAAUCCUGGGCCACCGGAGCGUUGUGGGGUUUUUGAGCCAUUGCGGUUGGAAUUCUGUUCUGGAGAGCAUAUGCGCCAAGGUUCCGAUACUGGCUUGGCCGAUGAUGGCGGAACAGCCGCUGAAUGCAAAGUUGGUGGUGGAAGAGAUUAAGGUUGGAGUAAGGGCGGAGACGUGGAAUGGGUCGGCCAAGGGGUUGGUGAAGUCGGAGGGAUUGGAGAAGGGUGUGAGAGAGUUAAUGGAAGGAACACGAGGGCAGGAGGUGAGGAAGAAGGUGAAAGAAGUUGGAGAAGCGGCCAUGAGGGCCGUCAAAGAAGGUGGGUCGUCCUGGAACACGCUGAAUCAGCUCCUGGACCAGUUGCAAUUGCAUGCAAACACACACGCUCAGCCAAAAUUUACUACUACUGCUACUGCUACUAUUUGAUGAGAUGAGAUGAGGCGCUAUCCUAAGUGAUGUUUAAGAAACUCAACUAAAGACUUUACCCGUCCUUUUGCGUAUCUUGUCCUAAUUGGUUUCCAUGCUUGUUCUCUCUUUUCAGCUUCAUUCGGGCCGGUCUUGUAAAUCAUGUAGCACUGUCUCCUCUCCAUUUUCCUCUUCCCUUAGCUAAUGAGUGGGAAACGGGAAAGGAAGGGAAGAACUGCAUGCUUUAUGACAAUUUUGGUGCUAACCAGACCAGACCUAGUGCAUCAUCCAAGUCCAACAAAAAAAUUGGGUUAAUUACAGUUUGACUCCUUGAACUU